AUGGAAUUAUUUUUGGAACAUAAACAACAAGGUUGUGAUAAAGCUGCCACGUGUGUGAGAGAAUUGCUUGGAAGAGGACAUGUCUUAGAGGUGGACAAGUGGCAGAGGAGGGAGAUAGUUCAUUCUGAGGAUUGUUCAGAGUGGUUAGCAUAUUGCAGAAGAGGGGAUUCCUGCUGGUUUUCUGCCUAUAGUUUGGCUUUGGGAAACUUGGAAUAUAAGGCAACUCGAAAUGAAGAAUCAUGUUCAGAAAUGCAACGAUCAAUCUUGUUGGAUAAUAAAUUCACAAUGUUUCUAAAAAGGAAGGACAAACAAAGUUGUCCAGUCGAUGUCAAGAAGGCCAAGAAUAAAGAAGAAUUGGCUAUGAUGGCAAAAUCCAGAAUUAUCAAAACUGAUAUGAAAAUAUUGGAGAUCCCACAAAGGUUGAAACACAAUCUGCUUAGCAUUAGUCAACUGUGCGACAAAGGUCUAAAGAUCACUUUUGAGCCCAAAUACUGUCUGAUAAGCAACAGGACUACAGAUGAGUUACUACUCAUGGGAAAAACAUUGAACAACAUCUAUGUAAUCAAAUUUGCUGACAACUCAUUCGACUCUGUGGUGUGUCUAUUGACAAAAGAAGAAGAUGCUUACAAGAGACUCAUUCACAUCAGCAUGAAUCAACUAAACAAACUGGUUUCCAAGAAAAUGGUAAAUGGUUUGCCCAAAAUUCGAUUCUCUACUGAUAGAUUAUGUGAUGCAUGCCAAAAAGGGAAGUUGACCAAACAACCUUUCAAAAGUAAAAGAGAGAUGUCAACCAAGAAACCUCUGCAAUUACUCCACAUGGACCUAUUCAAACCAUCAAGAAUAAAGAGUCUCGGAGGGAACUCAUAUGGACUAGUCAUUGUUGAUGACUACUCAAGGUACACAUGGACCUACUUCAUUGCUGCCAAAAAUGACACGCUCAAAGUCUUCAAGUGA